AUGGUUACAAUUGGAAUAAUUUAUAUUGUACUUUAUUCGACUAAAUCAAACGAAGAGCUUAAAUUCAUGUCUUUUAUGAAAUAUCAAAGACUCAUUCAUAGUAUUUCUCAUGAAUUACCUACUACUAUUACAACAUCUCCUCGAUAUGCUCAGCAAAAUGAUGCUACGCAAGCAUCUUCUGAUAAUCAUAAUGAUAAGACUGAACCAGAAUCAUUUGGCUUUCCUUUUGAGCCUUAUGAUAUUCAAAGAGACUUUAUGAAAGAGCUCUAUAAGGUUUUCUCAGAAGGGAAACUAGGUAUUUUUGAAAGCCCUACUGGAACAGGUAAAUCUCUUAGCUUAAUAUGUGGAUCAUUAAAAUGGUUAAAAGACAAUGACGAAAAAGAAGCAGAAGAAGAUAUUUCAACGUUUAAACCGAAAGCUAAUCAACCUGAUUGGAUCACUGCAUUGUCAAGUCAAUCAGCUAGUAAAAAAAAGAAAAUGGAAUUAGAACGAAAAAAGCUUGAAUUAAAAAAACGCAUAGAUCGUGUACGAGAAAUUGAAGAAAAACAAAUGAUGUUUGAGCUGGCUACAAAAGAUAGGAAUAAAAAAAGAAUAAAAGGAAACGCAGACAGUAAAGAAGUUAACGAUGAUGAGUUUUUACUUGACGAUUAUGAAAGCGAAGAAGAGGGAGCGAUUGUAGACAAAAGCUAUAAUAAGAUAAAAAAAAGUAUAAAUCCAAAUUCCAACUUAUCAAAGGAAGUACAAGAAUUAUUAGCAAAAUUAGAGUCAAAGAGCAAGUCUGUGUCAUAUGACGAUGCUGAGGACAGUGAAGACGAAGAAUCUGAGUUGGAACAGGAAACAAAAAUUUAUUAUGCAUCCAGAACUCAUUCUCAACUGUCACAAUUUGUACACGAAAUUAAUAAAACAGUCUAUGCUAAAGAUAUCUAUGAAGUCUCGCUUGCAUCAAGAAAACAGUUAUGUAUAAAUGAAGAUGUUAUAAAACUAAAAGAUGUUAAUAAGAUAAAUGAAGUCUGUCUUGAAUUACAAAAGAAAGGAUCUAAAAAGGGACCUUGUAAAUAUUUACCAGCUUGGGAUAACAAGGCAAAAUGGAACGAGUUUCGAGAUCAUUCUUUAGCUAAAGUAAGAGACAUAGAAGAUUUAGUAAAUAUAGGCAAAAAUCUUAAAACUUGUCCGUAUUAUGGAUCAAGAUAUACUGUCAAAUCUGCUAGACUUAUUGUUUUGCCCUAUCAACAUCUUUUACACACUAGUACAAGAGAAUCAUUAAAUAUAUCAUUAAAGAACAAUAUUGUUAUUAUUGAUGAAGCGCACAACUUAAUGGAAACCAUCACUUCGUUAUAUACUGUAUCUCUAUCUUUGUACCAAAUCCAGCUGGCCUGGAAUCAGCUUAAUUUAUAUAUUCAAAAAUACAAAUCCAGGCUAGCUGGUAAAAAUGUAGUUUACAUAAAACAGAUCCUACAUAUUAUAAAGAUUUUAAUUCAACACCUAAAUCCAAAAGAUGAAUCUAAACGAAAAGAUAGUGUAAUGGGAGUCAAUGAGUUUCUUCAUACUUCCUCAAUUGAUCAUAUCAAUAUGUUUAAGAUCAAGCAUUAUUUGGAAGUAAGCAGUCUUUCACGAAAGUUAAAUGGUUUUAUUGAUAAAGCAAGAGAAAAGGAAGAAGAAGAAAGACAAAAGGAACGUUUAAAGAACCCUAAAGCACCUUUACUUCCUCCUUCAUCAUCACUCAUCUCAUCUACUUCAACACUUACUCAAAUUGAAUCUUUUUUUAUGGCAUUAACAAACCCUGAUAAGAAUGGUCGAAUAAUUACAAGUUUUGGUAACGCAGAAAAUCCUGGCGUCUCGAUCAAAUAUAUGUUAUUGAAUCCAGCGGACGCAUUCAAACCAAUUGUAGAAGAAGCCAAAAGUAUUGUUUUGGCAGGUGGCACGAUGGAACCUAUUUCGGAUUUUCUAAAUCAUCUUUUCCCGUCAGUUCCAAAAGAUAGAAUUGUACAUUUCUCUUGUGGCCACAUCAUACCACCUUCGAAUUUAUCUACUAUGACUUUAGAACAAGGUCCUGGAGGAAGAGAACUACUAUUUAACUUUGACUCUCGACAAGACGUUAAAUUAAUGGAUGAAGUAGGACAGGCUAUUGCAAAUCUAUGUAAUGUUAUUCCUGAUGGUGUAGUCUGCUUUUUCCCAAGUUUUACUUAUUUAGAACAAGUGUACAAUCGAUGGGCAACAAAGGAAAGUGGUAAUAUAUUAGAGCGAAUAGAAAGAAGAAAAAAGAUUUUCAAGGAACCUAAAGAAAGUAAUAGAGUGGAAUCAACAUUGCGUGAUUAUGCUUUACAAAUCGAUUCAACUGAUAAUAGUAUGGGUGCGCUGUUAUUAUGUGUUGUUAAUGGUAAAAUGUCAGAAGGUAUUAACUUUUCUGACAGACUGGGAAGAGGUGUUAUCAUGAUAGGUUUACCCUUUGCAAACAGAGGAUCCAUAGAAUUGAUUGAAAAGAUAAAAUAUGCUCAAGAGCAUUCAUCUAAUGUUAUGCCAAAUGCUGGAAAAGAAUAUUAUGAAAAUUUAUGUAUGCGUGGCGUGAAUCAAUCUAUAGGUCGAGCAAUUCGUCAUAGAAAUGACUAUUCUGUCAUUAUUUUGUUAGAUAAAAGAUACGCUACACAUCGUAUCCUUAAGAAGCUACCAAAGUGGAUCGGUCAAGAUGUUGAGCGUGUCGAAAAAUUUGGCUUAAUUAUGAGCAAAACUUCAAAGUUUUUUAGAGAGAAACAAAACAAAACAAAAUGA